UAUACCACCAGCCGUUAACUUGAAGUUACAUUCAAGAAUUUCACUGACAUCAGCUGUCGGUUGCAUCUCUAUAGCUCUUCUUCUUCUUCUUCACCCCUCAUAUACACACAAACCCCAUUUCAAAUCCACAAUACCCACUUCAAAUCACUCGCUUGUAUGGGCAUCAAAUUCGACCCAAUGUUGGUCCAACAAGAUCGCGAUUCAAAACCCUCAAACCCCAAAUCAUCUCCACUCCCUACAACCCUUAGAUCAAACCGAUUCUCCCCAUCAAAAUCUCUAGAUUUCUCCACAUGGGUAUCCGAAAAUCUUUACAAAAUUGUAACUAUUGCUGUCCUAAUCGCCACCGUCGCCACCGUGUUCUUCCUCCGCAACGUCGGAGACUCUGCAGCCCUGUUAUGCUUCCAAUCACAAACCCAACAGCUUGAAACCAUUCAUUUCCCCCAAAUUAAUUACAAUUUGAUUGCCCCUGUUGUUGAUAAGAGUUCCCAGUUUGCAAGUUUUAGAUCAGAGCAGUGGAUUGUUGUUUCGGUGUCCGGUUACCCGACCGAUUCGGUUAGGAAGUUGGUUAAGAUUAAGGGGUGGCAGGUUCUUGCGGUUGGGAAUUCGAAAACCCCGAGUGAUUGGAGUGUUAAAGGUGCUAUCUUUUUGUCUUUAGAGGAUCAAGCUAGGUUAGGGUUUAGGGUUGUUGAUUUGUUGCCUUAUGAUUCUUAUGUUAGGAAGAAUGUUGGGUAUUUGUUUGCGAUCCAGCACGGUGCGAAGAAGAUAUUCGAUGCUGAUGAUAGGGGGGAGGUGAUUGAUGGGGAUAUUGGGAAGCAUUUUGAUGUUGAGUUGGUUGGUGAGAGUGCUAGACAAGAGGUUGUGUUGCAGUAUACUCAUGAGAAUCCGAAUCGGACGGUUGUUAAUCCGUAUAUUCAUUUUGGUCAACGGUCGGUUUGGCCGAGAGGAUUGCCGUUGGAAAAUGUGGGUGAAAUCGAGCAUGAGGAGUAUUAUACUGAAGUCUUUGGUGGAAAGCAGUUUAUCCAACAGGGGAUUUCGAACGGGUUGCCUGAUGUUGAUUCGGUUUUUUACUUUACUAGGAAGCCGAAUCUUGAACCCUUUGAUAUUCGGUUUGAUGAGCAUGCCCCUAAGGUUGCGUUUCCUCAAGGAACGAUGGUGCCGACGAAUUCUUUCAAUACGCUGUACCAUUAUUCGGCGUUUUGGGGUUUGAUGCUUCCGGUUUCCAUAAGUUCGAUGGCGUCUGAUGUGAUAAGAGGUUAUUGGGCACAGCGUCUUUUGUGGGAAAUCGGUGGGUAUGUUGUGGUUUAUCCUCCUACUGUGCAUAGAUACGAUAGAAUCGAAGCGUACCCGUUUGCAGAAGAGAAAGAUCUUCACGUUAACGUCGGUCGUUUGAUUAAGUUCUUGGUAUCUUGGAAAUCCGAUAAACACAGAUUAUUUGAAAUUCUAUUAGAAUUGAGUUAUGCUAUGGCUGAAGAAGGGUUUUGGACCGAAAAAGACUUAAAAUUUACUGCUGCUUGGAUACAAGAUUUAAUCGCGGUUGGUUAUUUGCAGCCACGGCUAAUGACACUAGAACUUCAUAGGCCGAGAGCUGCCAUUGGUCAUGGAGACCGAAAGGAUUUUGUACCGCAAAAGUUACCAUCUGUUCAUCUUGGAGUUGAGGAAACGGGAACAGUGAAUUAUGAAAUUGGGAAUUUAAUUAAAUGGAGAAAGAAUUUUGGGAAUGUUGUGCUUAUAAUGUUCUGUAAUGGACCCGUUGAGCGUACGGCUCUUGAAUGGAGAUUACUGUAUGGAAGGAUAUUCAAGGCUGUGGUUAUCUUGUCGGAAAAGAAGAAUGGUGAGCUUGCUGUCGAAGAAGGCCACUUGGACCACCUAUACAAGCAUCUUCCAAAAUUGUUUGAUAGAUUUUCAAGUGCUGAAGGAUUUUUGUUUCUUCAAGACAAUACAGUUCUUAAUUACUGGAACUUGGUCCAAGCAGAUAAGACUAAGCUCUGGAUAACAAACAAGGUGUCGAAAUCUUGGACGACUGUUUCAUUAAACGGGAACAAUGAUUGGUACGGAAAACAAGGAGAAAUGGUGAAGAAAGUCGUGAGCUCUAUGCCCGUUCAUUUUCAAGUCAGUUACAAGAAACACAUUACCAGCCAAGAUUCACACCUCACAAUCUGCAGCUCCGAGGUGUUUUACAUUCCCAGGAGGCUUAUCGACGACUUUAAAGAUCUCGUAUAUCUCGUCGGAAAUCUCGAUAUCCAUCAAAAGGUUGCUAUUCCCAUGUUCUUUGCAGCAAUGGAUUCCACCGAGAAUUUUGACUCUGUGUUUAGCACGAUGGUGUAUAAGAAAAAACCGCCUUCAAACAAUACUUUGAGUCAUUAUUCUCCUGAAGCACCUGCGGUUCAUCCGCUAAGUGUGUCGAGUGAGCCGGAGUUUAUAAAGCUUAUCAGAAUAAUGGCUGCAGGUGACCCUCUGUUAAUGGAGUUGGUUUAAACACUAGUUUCAUACGCUUUGGAUUUUUUGUAUGGUUCUUUCUAUAGGUGAAUGUGAAGAACCCUUUUUUGUGUAAAAUUUAUAGGGUGGAAGGGGGAAACAGAAGUAUAAAUUCAUGCCUUUUCAUUUAUUUGGUGAAUUUAGUACAGAUUGUUAAAGCCUUUAGCCAGCCUAAUUUGUACAUUGGUAUCAAUACAAUCUAAGUAAAAUUUCUUGUUUUACAUUU